CUCCUCUUCAGUGUUUUAACGUGUAUGGAUGUUUCGUUGGUGGUGCGCUUUUUCAUUUGUAUAGACAAGGCGUCCUACCUGACCCCCCUAUAGUUAUAAACCCAAGAUUUUUUCUUAAUUCCGAAAAAAUAAUGGACAUAGAACUAAAAUUUUCAAGUACGUCGAAUUUCGGAUAUUUCGAUAUGUCCAAAGACACUUUUAUCAUUGUUCACGGAUUUUUCAGUAGUAGGAAAGAAUCUUGGGUUUCUCAAAUGAGCCAAACAAUCCUAUCUAAGAUGGAUGCAAACGUAAUAUUAGUAGACUGGAGUGAUGGGGCGAAUUAUCUUGAAUAUUACGAGCUAGCUGCAGUCAAUACUGAGGUGGUUGGAGUCAUUCUCACUCUUCUAAUAAGAAAACUAGAACAUUACCACCGCGCCAAAAUGUCAUAUAUCCAUAUUAUUGGACACAGUUUGGGGGCCCAUGUUGCUGGGUUUGCAGGAAAAGCUCAUAAGGAUAUACGAUAUGAUAGAAUCACAGGUUUGGAUCCUGCAGGAGAAUUUUUUGAAAAUGCAGGAGCACCAGCAAGAUUAGAUAAAACGGAUGCAAAAUUUGUCGACGUGAUUCAUACAAGCGGAGGCAGUUUAAUAGCAAGUUUUCUAAAGGCGCUGAUAUUGCCAGAGUCAAAACUACACGAACUACGCUUUGGUAUUCAUCGUCCUAUUGGUCAUUUGGAUUUUUAUCCAAACGGCGGAGAAAUCCAACCUGGAUGCUCUGGUUUAGACUUUGUGUGUGGCCACUCCAGAGCUUACUUACUCUUCACCGAAUCCAUCGACUCGGAUCAAAAGUUUUGUGCUACGCAAUGUUUGGAUGUUGAGAAAUGCACAAAAGGGGAGAUAAUCACGCCAAUACAAACAGAACAACUAGAAAAACGCACACAAUGCAUGGUAUCGAACAAGAUGGGAUUUUAUGCUACAUUCUUGGAUGAACCUUCCCCCUCUGGUCACAAGAAGGAAAGCAUAAUGUAUUAUCUUACAACAAACAAUGCGUCACCCUUUGGCACACGAUCUACAUGUAAUCCCUGUCCGUAAUAAAGAUCAACAUUUUCUGAAUUGGAGCCUUAAAUGGCCCAUACAAUAUAUACUUCUUUUCAAUUUUUUUUUCGUAUGCAUGAUUUGAAAUAUUCACUGUAUAGACUAACAUGUAUCUAUUCGUU